CUUGCGACACACAUCGAUAUUUCUUUCCAUGCAGUCAUCGGCUAUUGGUGGGCAAUUCUACAAUAACCCGGCCGUCGAUAAUAAAGACUCAUAUGACCGACGCCAUUCGAGGCUGAAGCCUUGUUCAGCCGCAAAACCGGGCGUGAUGCGCUAUCGUUUUUCAUCCCAUCCCUGCAUGACUCCGAUAUUCGUUGGCGCUUAGUUCGCCAGCCUUGCUGCACUGCCUCUUCAGCUCGAGUAUAUAGCGCCAACUCCGCCCCCAGCAAAAUGUUGCGCAGUUAUAUUUCAUCUGGUUUCUUGGUGCCAAUAUGUGCAUAUUCAUUGUGGAGGAAUAACAUUUAAAGUGCUUACGACUUUGCUGUCGUCGAUUUUGAAUCAAGGCUUUAGUCGCUGAGAUCGGGUCACUGUUGGGAUUUUUCGCGCAUUAUCUUUAUUUCUGCUGCAGCCAUCUUGCUGCGCAACACCACCAGCCACGAUGUCAACCGUCACCAUCGUCAAUGGCUUCAGCCCGCUCAACCGCUGGCUCCUCUACACCAGCUUCAUGCUUUCCCCCGCCCAAUUCUUCUCCGGUCUCGGAAACAACUGUCCCAGCAACAUUGGUUUCCUUGCCUACAACUGGUAUACCCAGAUCCAAUGGCUGCAAGCCAUCCAGGGCCACGAGCUGCACGCCCUCUCCCUGCUGCCCGUGCACUUCAACCUCCUCUUCGUCUUCACCUAUCUCGGCGGCGUGACAUCGGGGAACUUGGUCAUGGGCAUCUUUCUUGGCCUUGGUACUGGGGGGGUGAUUAUCCUGAAUACCGUGGCGGCGUGGACUAGUUGGGCGACGAACCAGCAGGAGGGGUAUGGGGUGUACCAGUUCUUUUUCUUCGGGUGGAGGACACUAAGCCCGGGGUGGCAUAAGUUCAUCCUCGUGUGGCAGAUAUCGGACUCCCUCUUCGCCUUGAACUGUCUUUAUUUGUCCAUCUACCUGCCGGUUAAGAUGGCCAAGUACACCAAGGAGGAGAUGGACAAAGUGCCGUGGUACUUGGGGAAGUAUCCGCUGAUUCCCGUUGGGGCGGCUGCGGCGCUGUUGGUUGGCUGGCCGUUGAUUCUUUGGACGGAGUUGAUUGUGGCGAGGAAUAAGAUUGAGUCGGACACGGAUUGGAUUUCAGUGUGGCUGUUUAUUGCGCAGGCGGGCGCAAUGCUGAUGCCGGCCAGCUCGACGUAUUUUGGGUGUAUGAAGAGAGUGUUGAAGAAGCCAAAGGCUGAUAGGGAUGUGGUGUUGGGAAGUGUGAAAUAGAUGGAAUUAGGGGUUGGCGCGGUAGUAGGUAUAUUAGCCUUGGUAUGAUACCAAUAGAUUUAACAAGUUUUUAUUCAAUGGACA